AUGAUCGCACAAGAGCCACCUACGAAGUGACUACGCAAAGGCUAACUGCAUGAUGAAAAGUUAAAAAAAGAGAAUAAACAAGAUGAAGGGAAACUUUGCAAGUCUUGUUAUUUUAUUACUGAUAUUUGCCUUUGGUGCAAGCGGCUGGGUUUUGAGGUUUGCUGAUCAAGAAUCGUCAAAUGGAGAUGAAACCGAAUUCAGCGCUAUACCUCAAGCCAGCACUAAUGAAAACAAAGAUUUGACAAACGUUUCAGAAGAAAGCAAAGAUGCUGCAGCAUCGAAGAAAGACAGUGCUACGUCUCAAAUUUUGUCCAACAUCCUAAACGGUGGUCAAGCAGACUCAAGUAUGCUGCUAGAAACAACGCAAAAAAGCGCACAACCAGGCUUGGCAGAUGAUGCUAAAGAGCAAGCGAUGAAAGCAAAGCAACAAGCACAGUUGGCAGAAAAGGAGGCAAAAGAGGCAAAGAAAAAGGCAGAAGAAGCCAAAGAGAAGGCAGAAGAGGCAAAGAGAAAGGCUGAGGCUAAGAAGAAGUUGGAAGAUGCAAAGAAAAAGGAGGAAGAAGCCAAGCAGAAACUAGCAGAAGCCAAGAAAAAAGAAGAUGAGAUAAAGAAGCAAAAACAAGAAUCUGAUAAGAAGGCAGAGGAAACUGACAUUAAGGCUGCACAAAAAAACGAAAAGGCAGCAAGAGCAAAGGAAAAGGAAGAUGUAAGUAAAAGGAAAGCAGCAGCGUUACAGGAAGAGGUGGAAAAGGACAAAAAAACUGCAAGAGAAGCAGAAGAGAAAGAAAUUCAGGCCAAGAACAAAGAAGAAGAAGCAAAGAAAAAGGAAGCAGAAGCAAAGAAAAAGGAAGAGAAGUUGAAGAAAGAACAGGAGAAAGCCAAACAAAAAGAAGAGGAAGAAAAGAAGAAAGCCGAGGAGGCAAAGAAAGCGGCAGAAGAAGCAAAGAAGAAUGAAGAGGAAGCAAAGAAAAAAGCAGAGGAAGACAAGAAAAAAGCAGAAGAAGCAAAGAAAAAAGCAGAUGAAGACAAGAAAAAGGCAGAAGAAGCUAAAAAGAAAGCAGAAGAGGAGUUGAAGAAGAAGGAAGCUGAGAGAAAGAAAGCAGAAGAAGAGAAGAAAAAAGCCGAAGAAGAAGCGAAAAAAGCAGCAGAUAAGAAAAAGGCAGAAGAAGCUAAGAAAAAAGCAGAGGAAGCAUUGAAGAAGGCAGAAAAGGAAAAAAAAGAGAAGGAAGAGGAGUUGAAAAAGGCAAAAGAAAAGGCGAAACAAGCUGAGGAGGAAAAGAAGAAGGCAGAAGAAGCGAAACAGAAAGCGGAAGAAGAAAAGAAAGCCGCCGAAGAGGCAAGGAAAAAAGCGGAAGAGGAAAAAGAAAAAGCGGAGAAAGCAAAAAAAGAAGCAGAGGAGGCUAGAAAGAAAGCAGAGGAGGAAAAGAAGAAGGCCGAGGCAGCAAGAAAGAAGGAAGAAGCGGCAAAAAAGAAGCUGGCGGCAGCUAAGAAGAAAGCUGAGCAAUUUAAAAAAAAGGCAGUUGAGGCUAUGCUGAAAACCGCAGCUGACAAAAAAAAGGCCGAGCUUGAAAGCAAGAAGGCUGAAGAUGAAAAGAAGGAGGCGGAAAAGCAAAAGAAGAAAGCUGAAGAAGAUAAAAAGAAAGCGGAAGAAGAAAAGAAGAAAGCGGAAGCAGAAGCACAGAAAAAAGCAGAGGAGAAGAAAAAGGCGGAAGAGGAAAAGAAGAAAGCAGAAGAGGAGAAGAAGAAGGCAGAAAAAGAGAAGGAAGACGCAAAUAAAGGAAAACCAACACCUCCAAGUCCUACAACAGUACAGCCAACUAGAGGUGCUGGCAUUCCCAAAGUUACAACAAAAGCUGCCGGUGCCACACCUACUGCGAAACCAGAGGAAACUACCAAAGCCCCAGCGCCUACACAACCUACCACAAAAGCAGCUGCUCCAUCCACCCAGCCUCAGCCAACAACGAAGGCCGGGCAAACGACGCCCGUUGUAACCCCAGCAAAGCCUACGACCAAGCCACAACCUACGACGCAACCCAAACCUACGACACAACCCCAACCUACAACACAACCCCAACCUACAACACAACCCAAACCUACGACCAAGCCACAACCUACGACCAAACAAGAAGCCACACCAACUCAGGCUGCAACGACAGUAGCACAAACGGAAGCAACCAAAGGUAAGGGUGUGCCAAAAAAGGGCGAAGAUAAAAAGCCAGCGAAGCAACCAGCAGGGGCUAAACCAACUACACAGCCAACGAAAGGAAAAGGAGUGCCAAAAAAGGGAGAGAAAAAGCCUAAGCCAACACAAAAGCCAACACCACCAAAACAAAUCACAGCCGAGCCAACUAAAGGAAAGGGAAUACCAAAACCAGGUGAGCCAAAUAACACACCGAAUCACAAUGGAGGUAUCAUUGGACGAUCCAAGACUGAAGGAGCCUCGUAUACAGCAAGUGAAAAUGAGGAUUCUGCCGCAUCAGGCUCAGGGCAAGGCGAAGCUACAAGUCAAGCUAAAAUCACCAGCAAAGCAACGGAAAAGCUGCUUCCUUCUUGGCCUGUCGACUUCAGCUGGAACACAAACGGAAAGCCAGAGUCUUGUCAAUGCAGGUCUGAAUGCGACUGUGGUUGCGUUAACAUUGCAGAGCCUGCAGAUAGCCAUUCUUGGAAUGACAACUACCUCUGCUUCGCUAAAACCAAGUACAAUCCAAAGAUCCGAUGGUCGCAUCAAGGCCCAAUAGAUGGAAUGAAAUGUACACGUGCAUCAGAACCGGAAGACCCAGAAUCAUGGCAAGACAACUACAUUUGCGUAGAUAAGAGCAGCCCUUAUGACUUCAUGUGGUCGGACAAUGGUUCAAUCGAAAACGAUCAUAUAGGGUGCCUGAAGAUUGAUGAACCAACAGAGACUGGGAGAUUCUGGCGAGAUAACUACCUUUGCGCAACACGGUCAUAGAUGAAUGUGACAAAUGCACCAGUAGCUGUGGGCGAUUGAGAAAUGUUUGUUUCUUUGGACAUGUUAUAUAGCCAAUUUUUAGGUUGCAUCGAAAACUUAACUGUUUCACCAUAUGGUAUUGUCAUUUACAUGCCGAGAAGGUGCCUUCCGGAGAAGUUAAAUGAAAUACAUUCCACGAUCAUUAAAAGAUGCAAAUAUUAUUUUUCACAUAGGACACAGAUAGGUUUAAGGUCUAUGUCUUUUUUUGCAGGAAACGACUAUUUUUAGAUUAUUUUUUAUCUACCCAACAAUACAAUUUUUUCUACAUAAAGCAAAACUAGAUUUAUUA